AGCAAAUCGAGUCCCUGAACGGCCAAUUUUGGAUUGACCGUAUCCACUGUCACAAAACUAUUCUCAGUCACGCGUUCACAUCGUUCCCGUCGUCUUUGCAAAAGAAAAAAAAAAAAGAACUCUGGGGCCGCCAUUGCACCAUGAAUAGAUGGGAAGAAAUCGCUAAUGACGAACUUGAAUUUGACGAUCAACCCAUGGAACCUACUACUUGGAUCAAUUGGUUUUGUUCUUUGCCCGGGCAUGAAUUCUAUAUUGAAGUCUCCGAUGAGUUUAUUGAAGAUUCAUUCAAUUUGACCGGUCUUUCCGACCAUGUCCCUCUGUAUAAAGAAGCCCUCGAACUCAUUCUGGAUAUUGAACCGGAAGAUGACGAUAUGUGUAAUAAAAUUCCCGACUUGAGCUUGCUGGAACCUUACGCGACGAUGCUCUAUGGACUCAUUCAUCAACGUUAUAUCUGCACAAAACAAGGACUGUACAAAAUGCUUCACAUGUUCCAAUCCGGCUAUUUUGGCUGCUGUCCCCGAGUUUAUUGCGAUAAAUGUUAUGUAUUGCCAUGCGGCCAGCACGAUAUACCGAAACAGAGCACCGUCCGACUCUAUUGUCCUAAUUGCAAAGAUAUUUACAUUCCCCCCAACUCUAAAUACAAGAAUAUAGACGGAGCCCAUUUUGGCACGACCUUUCCACAUCUUUUUUUGCAAACAUUUCAGGACAUUAUACCAACCAUGUCUUCUCAAGUCUACGUGGCCAAGAUAUUCGGAUUUCGUAUCAAUGAACAAUCGCCUUCAGGUCCGCGAAUGAAGUGGCUACGCCAGAAGCCACCCCGAAACCGACUAUCAUCCCGAACAUCGACCGAAACUUCUUCCAGUGAAUAUCGUCCCGCUCUUCCAUAAUAUAACUCAUCUUUUUCUCCAUAUUUACACUAGCAGAACAAUCUCUAAUGCUUUAUUGCAUGGAUUUGAUAAGCCAUAUAAAAAAUCCAACAAUAGAAUAGGUGGGGGGGGCGAAAACGCUUAUUUCAACUAUACAAAAACAUGAGUGAAUCCAAACCAGCCAGUCAUUCGUUGAGUCUAACGUGCUUACCUUCUUCUUGGGGCGCAAUUGGUUGGUAUGACCGCACUUUCUCUUGCGGCAGUUGGUGGCACGAGGAGGAAGACGAGCAUAGCACUUGCGGCAAAUCAUCUUGUCG